AUGACCGCACACGACAGUCCAGCCUGGAACACGCGAUCGUCGCAGACGUCACAUCGACACACUCGCAAGGCGACCACGGACACUUUGCGCGAGAAGCAACACCCGGUUGCAUCGUACUUGGUGAUCCAGUUCGAGAUGGUUUCCUCGUUCUUUCCACAGUGCAUGACUGUGUUCGGACUUGCAUGCUGUGAGAUUGCCGACUCGAUGGUGCUCAUCGUCGUCUUGCCACUUGGUAACAUGAUUGACUUUUCAUCGCUUCGGCUGGAAGCGGUCGUGGCCCAAGGCGCGACGGCGGUGGUGCAGCGCGUGCCUCGAGAGCAUCCAUCCAUUCUCGGAUAUCAAUAUGGCCAACCUUGCCUCGCAUCCGACGGGUUGCUGAAACUGAGCGAUUUUGGUCCAAGGAGCGAUGACACGAUGACGAUCGUGGGGUCGGUGGACUUUGUGGCACCAGAGAUGAUUCUUGGUGGCAACUCCAAGUCGGCAGUGUACGGCACUCCCGCCGAUGUGUACUCGAUGACCAUUGCGCUGUGGCAUAUUUUGCUGGGGGUCCCGCCCUGGCCAUCGACCGCCGCUGCCCGACCGGUUGGACCUGCUGCGUCGGGGGUGGGCGCCGAAACCCUGCGACCGCCUCCCAGUCGACACUAUGGCCAAGAUGGUGCAUGA